GCACCUCCGCGUCAUUAAAUGACGUGUUACUGAACCCGGAAGUUAAUGAAGCUGUAGCGGUGCAGCCAUAGUAGUACUUCCAACUUGAAAAGUUGUUGCUACUCAAGUUUUUGCGUGAACUGUAAAACGUGAACAGAAUAUUUCCUAGAGUUACAACUUGUUAGCAGAUUCGAGCACAAGAAGUUUACAGUCGAGUGUCAGAGUCAACAUGCCAGUGUUACCCCAGGCUAGCGGUCCAAGAUGAAUGUGGAAGAAUGCUUCCGAGGUUAUGGAGACUCCACUGCACCCUUCUGAAGAGGACCAACCCUCCCCUGCCUUGAGAGAUACGUGGCCUGGCAAUCCCAUUAAACCACAGGACACUCCAGACAAGAAUGACAAGAGCAAGGCUGUUGGCUUCGUGUUGGUGCAUGCAGGGGCAGGCUACCACUCAGAGAGUAAAGCCAAGGAAUACAAGCAUGUCUGCAAGAGAGCCUGUCAGAGAGCUGUGGACAGGCUGAACGCUGGUGCUCUGGCUGUGGACGCUGUGGCCGCUGCCCUGGUCGAGCUGGAGGACUCACCAUUCACCAACGCGGGAAUGGGCUCCAACCUUAACCUGUCUGGGGAGAUCGAGUGUGAUGCCAGCAUCAUGGAUGGCAAGACUCUUCACUAUGGAGCUGUUGGGGCCAUCAGCGGUAUAAAGAACCCAGUCCUGGUGGCCAACCGGCUGCUGAAUGAAGCUCAGAAAGGGAAGCUUUCGGCCGGCCGCAUCCCCCCCUGCUUUCUAGUAGGUGAGGGAGCUCAUGACUGGGCCAUCAAUCACGGGAUAGCACCCUGCCCCUCAGAGAAGAUGGCCACCAAGUUUAGUUUGUCUGCAUACAAGAGGAACAAACGCAAGAUGGAGAUGGCCGAGAAGGUGGAGUCGGGAUUCAACCAUCAGGCUAAGAAAAGACGACAAUCAACUGAAAAUGAGAACGGGUCGGGCUUGCUGGACACCGUGGGAGCCAUAGUGGUGGACCGGGAGGGGAAUGUGGCCUCGGCUGUAUCCAGCGGAGGUCUGGCCAUGAAGCACCCUGGCCGGGUGGGACAGGCUGCACACCAUGGCUGUGGUUGCUGGGCCGAGAACACCAGAACCCAGAACCCCUACAGUACAGCAGUCAGUACCUCAGGCUGUGGUGAGCAUCUGAUACGCACCAUGUUGGCCCGGGAGUGUUCGUCUGCCAUGCAGUCAGAUGAUGCCCACCAGGCGCUGCUGGAAGCCAUGCAGAACAAGUUCAUCAGUUCUCCGUUCCUGGCCAGCGAGGACUGUGUCCUAGGAGGGGUCAUAGUGUUACGCUGCUCCAGGUGUUGUGAUGCCCAACCCUCUCCGGAUAUCCAGGCAAUACUUGUUGAGUUCCUGUGGAGUCACACAACAGAGAGCAUGUGUGUGGGCUACAUGUCUGCCCAGGAUGGCAAGGCCAAGACUCACAUAUCCCGCCUGCCUCCCGAGGCUGUGGCUGGACGAUCGCUGGCCAUCGAGGGAGGAGUCUGUCGACUGGUGGAGACCAGGUCUACGGUCGACUAAGCCACACCCAUUUCCCUACCAUGAGGCCACACCCCUUCCUCGUGGGUUUGGUCAGCAAUACUCAAGUGUAACCUCUACACACACCCUUACUCAUAGCACUAAUAACCUUUAGCUGGUUUCAAAAGUGAGAGAGAAGGAUGGAGAGAGGGAUGACUGAAAGGUAGAGGAAAGGGGAAAAGUUUGCAGGGGAGGUGUAAAAAGAGGAGGAGCGAGCAAAGGACAUGUGAAAAGAGGAGAAAGAGUGUGGGAGGGGGCAGUAGAGGGGUCAGAGAGGGAGCGGUGGAAGGGCAAAUAGGAGAGGGAGAAAGGUUGUAUGUUGUGCUUAGUGUACUACUGAAGUCUCCAUAUAGAUAUACAACCAGGCCAGCUGUACCUUGAUGCAGGCUGCCAAACAACACCUGAAUCUCCCCAGCCUAACAACACCUGAAUCUCCCCAGCCUAACAACACCUGAAUCUCCCCAGCCUAACAACACCUGAAUCUCCCCAGCCUAACAACACCUGAAUCUCCCCAGCCUAACAACACCUGAAUCUCCCCAGCCUAACAACACCUGAAUCUCCCCAGCCUAACAAAACCUGAAUCUCCCCAGCCUAACAACACCUGAAUCUCCCCAGCCUAACAACACCUGAAUCUCCCCAGCCUAACAACACCUGAAUCUCCCCAGCCUAACAAAACCUGAAUCUCCCCAGCCUAACAACACCUGAAUCUCCCCAGCCUAACAACACCUGAAUCUCCCCAGCCUAACAACACCUGAAUCUCCCCAGCCUAACAACACCUGAAUCUCCCCAGCCUAGCUACACCUGAAUCUCCCCAGCCUAACAACACCUGAAUCUCCCCAGCCUAGCAACACCUGAAUCUCCCCAGCCUAGCAACACCCGAAUCUCCCCAGCCUAGCAACACCCGAAUCUCCCCAGCCUAGCAACACCUGAAUCUCCCCAGCCUAACAACACCUGAAUCUCCCCAGCCUAGCAACACCUGAAUCUCCCCAGCCUAACAACACCUGAAUCUCCCCAGCCUAACAACACCUGAAUCUCCCCAGCCUAACAACACCUGAAUCUCCCCAGCCUAACAACACCUGAAUCUCCCCAGCCUAACAACACCUGAAUCUCCCCAGCCUA